CCCUCCCUCCUCACCCCCAGGGUCCCUCAGCACUUGGCUCCCCUCUCUGUUCCGAGGAUCCUUGUCUUAUGACUUCAUGACCUCGAGGGCCUGUCUUCUCCUAUCCAGCUGCAUCCAGGCUCAGGCCGGGCCUGUCUGCAUGUCCCAGCCCGCCUCCUCCCGGAGGCGGGAGGAGCCAGUGGCUACCUCCUGCAGGAUCACAGUGCAGACCUCUGGCCUGGGUGUAUGCUUGGGUCUCUGUGCCUUCUGAGCCCUUCUCUGAUCCCUCCCCCUUUUCCUACUUGGUCCUUCACUCUCUUGCUGGGUUGUCUGGGGCAGAGAUUUUGAGGAAAACCACAGCCCCCACGUUGAGCUUUUCCUUCCUUCCAGGGUUGGUGCAGCCUUGGGCCAGGCUCAGCUUCUCUCUCCCCACUCUCUUCACGGCCAAAUCCCUCCUGCCUCCUCGGUGCCCACUAUCCCUGGGCUCCGAGGCUCUGCCUAAGUGCCCUGGUGGCCCCUCUUCUCUGAGCACACAUUCCAGCAACCCCGUGACCACAACUGGGGACAUUCCUGGCCCGGCAGCCGAUGGUGUAAAAAGGAACAGAAUGUCCCAGGGCCCCGCCCAGCCCCCAGCUCCACCUGGGCCCCUCCCUGGGCUGGACAGGCUCAGGGUGGGGGUGAGGGGUCAAGAGGGCAGGACCAGCUGGGAGAGGCAGAGGGGUGCUCCUGGGCGAGGUUGGGAGGUAGUCACACCUUAGUGAGCAGGGAGGAAGCCUGCAGGCCUUGUCUCCUUCUUCUCCAAGGCCUAGAAGUGAGGCUGACCCAGGGGUGCCCUUGGAAGGAUUCCCUGGGGAGGGGCCCUGGUUCUUGGAAGCCCACUGGGGGCAGUCCCUGCCCCUGCCUCUCCCCCAGUGGUUGGGGAGGGGGACUCCUUUCGGGGCUGGCUCCCUCCUCUUCACCCCCCUUCUCUGCCUGUCCUCCAUCCCUCCCUCCCGGUCCUUCCUCCUCCCCUCCAUCCACCCACUUCCACUAUCUGGCCUUCCCUGUUCUCCUGGUCCCCACACCUUAGUCUCACUCAUCCUGACUUGUCCUUUUUCCUUGCUUUGCCCUCCUGUCUUUGCGUUCAGCAUCACCUCCUGGUUCCAGACCUCCAUCCCUCGCCUGCCUUCUUGUCUCCCGGUCUCCCUGCCUACUGGCUCCCCAGGACUCCCAGCCCUGACUUUUCUUCUGCCCCACCGUCUUGCUUUUCCAGUCCGGGUGCUGCAGGUCACCUGCCCUCAGGAGCCCUCCUCCCUCGGGAGAGCUCUCAACUCUGACUCCUCCUUGGCCCCUCCUCCUGCCCGGCUCACCUUUAAUUGAGAUGCUAAUGAGGCUUCUGCCGCUUCCAUCCUGUGCGGGCGGGCGGGCUCCCUGGUCUGGCUGCUGCACCUGUCAGGGCUCAUGAAGGGAGACAAGCGUGAGGAGCUGGGGCCGGGCCCCGAGCCUUCGGGCCCCCUGCCGCCCACGGAGGAGGAGGAGGCCCUGCUUGAGUUCCACCGCUCCUACCGGGAGCUCUUCGAGUUCUUCUGCAAUAAUACCACCAUCCACGGCGCCAUCCGCCUGGUGUGCUCGCAGCACAACCGCAUGAAGACGGUCUUCUGGGCUGUGCUCUGGCUCUGCACCUUCGGCAUGAUGUACUGGCAGUUCGGCCAGCUCUUCGGAGAGUACUUCAGCUACCCCGUCAGCCUCAACAUCAACCUCAACUCGGACAAGCUCAUCUUCCCCGCCGUCUCCAUCUGCACCCUAAACCCCUACAGGUACAAGGAAAUUCAAGAGGAGCUGGAGGACCUGGACCGCAUCACGGAGCAGACACUGUUCGACCUGUACAAGUACAACGCCUCCCACACCCUAGUGGCCCACGCCCGCUCCCGCCGAGACCUGCGGGAGCCGCUGCCGCACCCUCUGCAGCGCCUGCCCAUCCCGGCUCCGCCCCACGCGGCCCGCAGAGUCCGCCGCGCCGGCUCCAGCGUGCGGGACAACAACCCCCAGGUGAACAGGAAGGACUGGAAGAUCGGCUUCCAGCUGUGCAACCAGAACAAAUCGGACUGCUUCUACCAGACAUACUCGUCAGGGGUGGAUGCUGUGAGGGAGUGGUACCGCUUCCACUAUAUCAACAUUCUGUCCAGACGGAGACAGGACACCUCUCCCUCGCUGGAGGAGGACGUGCUGGGCAAAUUCAUCUUCACCUGCCGCUUCAACCAGGACUCCUGCAAUGAGGCGAAUUACUCUCACUUCCACCACCCGAUGUACGGAAACUGCUACACUUUCAACGACAAGAACAGCUCCAACCUCUGGAUGUCCUCCAUGCCCGGGGUCAACAACGGCCUGUCCCUGACACUGCGCACAGAGCAAAAUGACUUCAUCCCACUGCUGUCCACGGUGACCGGGGCCCGGGUGAUGGUGCAUGAACGGGAUGAGCCUGCCUUUAUGGAUGAUGCUGGCUUUAAUCUGCGGCCUGGCGUGGAGACCUCCAUCAGCAUGAGUAAGGAAGCCCUGGACAGACUUGGGGGUGACUAUGGCGACUGCACCAAGAAUGGCAGCGAGGUCCCGGUGGAGAACCUUUACAAUACCAAGUACACACAGCAGGUGUGCAUCCAUUCGUGCUUCCAGGAGAGCAUGAUCAAGGAGUGUGGCUGUGCCUACAUCUUCUACCCACGGCCCGAAGGCGUAGAGUUCUGUGACUACAAGAAGCAUAAUUCUUGGGGCUACUGCUACUAUAAGCUCCAGGAUGCCUUCUCCUCAGACCGCCUGGGCUGUUUCACCAAGUGCCGGAAGCCAUGCAGUGUGACCAUCUACAAGCUCUCUGCCAGUUACUCACAGUGGCCCUCCGUGACAUCCCAGGACUGGGUCUUCCAGAUGCUGUCCCGACAGAACAACUACACCAUCAAGAACAAAAGGGAUGGAGUUGCCAAACUCAACAUCUUCUUCAAGGAGCUGAACUACAAAUCUAAUUCUGAGUCUCCCUCAGUCACGAUGGUCACCCUCCUGUCCAACCUGGGCAGCCAGUGGAGCCUGUGGUUCGGCUCCUCCGUGCUGUCCGUGGUGGAGAUGGCUGAGUUCAUCUUUGACCUCCUGGUUAUCACCUUCCUCAUGCUGCUCCGGAGGUUCCGAAGCCGAUACUGGUCCCCAGGCCGAGGGGGCAGGGGCACCCAGGAGGUGGCCUCCACUCCAGCCACCUCCCUCCCCUCCAGUUCCUGCCCCUACCAGGCUUCUUCCUCUUCAUCCCCGCCGGACCCUGCCAUCUCCCCGGCCUUGUCAGCCCCUCCACCUGCCUACUCCACCCUGGGUCCCCACCCAGCUCCGUCAGGCUUGGCAGAGGCCAGCGCCUCUGCCCACGCGCCAGGGGAGCCCUGAGAGGGAAGGACGGUGUCCCCUCCCCAAGGCAGGCACUUCCUUUGGUGGGAGGGACCCAGCCUUGGCAGGAUUCAAGAAUGUUUGGUGGCUUCCUCUCAGAGCUGCCCAGCUGCCCCUGGUGUGUGCGUGGGUGGCGGGGGGAUGAAGCAGGAUGGAUAGGGGGCUGCGGAAAUUGCCUGGAGACCCCCUGCCAGCAUCACCCCGGUUCCCCCGCUGGUCUUGCCUCGAGAACACUUUGCUCUCCCCCACCCCCAGUGCAGCCAAGUCCUCUUAUCCCUUGGAUCAGCCAAGCCAAACUUGGAUCUUUGACAAACAAUUUUCCUAGGAAACAACUGACGACCAGAACAAAACAUAGACAAGGGCACACAAAGGCGUGUGUGGUUUCCUUCCUAAAGAUGGCUGGAUUCGGCCCCAGAAUGGCCCUCCACACCGCCUUCCAGUGACACAGGCGUUUGCUCUUCUUCUUGAACUGGGGUGGGGAACCCCACCCCAAAAGCCCCCUCAGUUAGUUGCUAGGCAAUUCUGUUUGCCUGACUCCCAGGGCAGGAACUGGGGCAGCCCAGUGUAGUGAAGACCUGGAUUCCCAGUCAGCCUCACUACCCUAUCCCCCCACGGAGCCUCGCCCAGCGCCUCUGCCCUGUGUCCUUGUCUUUCGUAACUCUGCAUAUUUGCUCAAGCUAUCUCCUUCACCUGGAAGCCUCCCCCAUCUGCUGGAGAACUCCUAAGCAUCCCUGAGAACCCUGCUCGGAUACCGUUACUUCUGUGAAGGCUUCUUCCCCAACCUGUCUACCCCAGAUCUUACCACUUCCCUCUCCCGUGGACUCCCAUCACACACCAUCACAUCCGUGGAAGUGCUGACGCUGCAUUUAAUUUUCCUCUUCAUUUGUGUCUGUGUUCCCAGCAUGACUGAGCUCACUGUGGUUAGGGAUUGAGUCUUGUUCAUUCCUGUAUCCUCACAGUCUAGCCCAGUGUCCCACUUGGAGCAAGUAGGCAGGUACUUAAUAAAUAUUAUUGCA